AUGGCAUCUGAAGACCGAGAAGCUCAGGAAGACGAAUUGCUGGCGUUGUCCAGUAUUUAUGAUGGAGAUGAAUUUAAAAGAUCAGAAUGUACCCAAGGUGGAGAAAGCACAAUCUAUUUGGAUUUGCCAGAAAAUUUCAUGGUAUUUGUGAGUGACAAUGGAGCCGAUGGUCUGCAGAAUAAUGGCAAGGAGCAUAUGGUCUGCUUUCUGCCUCCCCUUGUGCUGAGCUUUGAACUGCCAUCAGAUUAUCCAUCCAACUCCCCACCUUCAUUCACCCUUAGUGGCAAGUGGCUGUCAGUGACCCAGCUAACUGCUCUCUGCAAGCGCCUGGACAAUCUGUGGGAAAAACAGCGUGGCAGUGUUGUUCUGUUUUCCUGGAUUCAAUUUCUUAAGGAAGACACCCUCACAUACCUGAACAUCAACUCUCCCUUUGAGCUCAAAUUUGAUUCUCCGGAAAACAUGGAGAGAAGAAUAGGCCCAGCCACUCUCCCAGAAGAAUUAUCGUUUGCAGGAGCAACUGGCUUUGUGGAAGACCAAGAGCAAGCUGUGGAUAAGAGAGCUGUGCGGGAUAUAGAUAUAGAAUCCCUGGCAAGUCUGCUCCAAGAAGUCUUGGACUUUGAUCAAACUCAGCAGGAAAAGUCCUUUAACAAAGCAGCCUACACAUGCAAUAUCUGUUUCAGUAUCAAGCUGGGCAGUCAAUGCAUGUGCUUCUCGAAUUGCAAACACGUGUACUGCAAGGAAUGUAUGAAAAGCUACUUUGAGAUCCAGAUCAAGGAUGGACGGGUCAAUUCUCUCAACUGUCCAGAACCAAAGUGUUCUUCAAUGGCCACCCCUAAUCAGGUUAAAGAUCUCGUGCCAGAGGACGUAUUUGCACGUUAUAACCAGCUUCUCAUCCAUGCCUCCUUGGAACUGAUGGAGGAUGUGGUCAGUUGCCCUAGGAUAGUCUGCCAGUUGCCUGUGGUAGAGGAGAAAAAAUACAGAUUAGGAGUAUGUGGGGGUUGCAGUUAUGCCUUCUGUACCCUGUGCCGCUUCGCCUACCAUGGGAUUUCUCCAUGUAGGAUGACACCAGAGAAGCUAAUGCAACUACAAAAGCAGUACCAGCGUGCAAGUGAAAAUGAAAAAAGGAUGUUGGAGAAGAAGUAUGGUAAGAGGGUAAUUCAGAUGGCAUUGGACGAGAUGAAGAGUAAGAAGUGGCUGGAAAUGAACUCCAAACGCUGCCCAAGUUGUGGGAGUCGUAUAGAAAAACUUGAUGGAUGUAACAAGAUGACAUGUACUAACUGUAUGCAGUAUUUCUGCUGGGUUUGCUUGCAACCUCUGUGUGCAACAAACCCUUAUAAGCACUUUAAUGAUCGCACCUCCCCCUGUUUCCGCCUGUGA